AUGCUUGAAGAUUCAGGUUUCUUUUCCCUUGCGCAACAAGGGAGUUUGGGUUCUCACCUGAAGCAUCAGGAGAGGAGAAAAACAUCUUUGCAGAAAGAUCGGAACUUCUUUGAGGGCUUCUACAACUUCUGCAGCUACGUGACUUGGCUUGUGUUCAGACGGAAGCACUUCCAAGUGAUUCGGGAAGAAAUCGGCAGGCUCCUUUGCUCUGACAUGUUCAAUCUUGCCUUAAGAGACAGGAACCAUGUUUCUUUGCAGACUGCUGAUGCAAAUGCAGUGAGAUUACCACGUCAGAGACAAGUCAGUGCCAAGCAUCCAUCCAUAAACAGCAUGGUUUACCAGCACUCACCUGUGCUCAGCACACUGCUGCCCAUACCAAAGGAGAGCGCUCAGUACUGCUCCCAGAGCCACUACUGUCGGGGCAGAGACCCACAGCCCUGCUCGUGUGACAUCCUACCAGACUUCUCACAGUUGCUCACUACCAAGGUGGGCAUCAUUGGAGCUCACUGUAGUGAGUUAAAUUCCUUUUUGCUCCAGUCUGAUGGGACAAUGGAAGAGGAAGAACAAGAACAAGACCAAGAACAAAGAGAAGAACAAGAAAAACUGAGGACUCAUUCCUUUGUCCUGACAAAAGAUCUGAAUUUAUCAGCUCUGUGAAGCCCUCAGAAAGGCUUAGUAGAGAGAGUGCUGUAUUCUCAAGAGCAAACAGCAGAAGGUGAUCGUAACCAGAACAACUAGCUGAAGUUGAGUGGCAUGGUUUCACGUUGCUAAGUAAAUAAUUUUGAAAUUGCAUCUUAAAAAGCCAAAAUCAUUUAUCAGAGGUGGGGUAGUUUAAUGCACAAGCAUCUGCAUGGGAGACUGAAGACCUGGACUGUAAUUCCUGGUCUGUCACUAUUCCUCUUUCAUCUGAAUGCCGCCUUCUCUCCGUUUCUGAGAAAUUAUUUUACUGACUUAUUUUGGGAAGGGCUUUGACACCUGCAGAUGAAUAUGGUCAUUGAUUUUAAUGACAGACUUCUUUUUUUAAAGGAUUAGCAAAGUAACCAGGAGACAUGACUUACUAUGGCCUAAAGUUCCUUAAACUGUCCUUUUAAAGGAACUUACUCUUGAAUCUUUGAUAUAUUGUUUACUCCUUUUUUAAUUUCCAUCACCUCUCAUUUAGUUCUAGUAUUUUGUAGCCUAAUUUGGUAGCCUAAUUUAUGACUCACUGUGAGAAGAGUUAGCAAAGAGGAAUCUUCAUGUGAAGUUUACUCAGAAUUAACUUUCCAAGUUUUACAUUUGCGUUCACAUUGGGCAGACAGGUUAGUGCUCUUAUGAUCAUAAAAUUGGUGGCAAGACCUUCAAGUGGUGCUUUGCUUGCAGGUUUCCUGGGAGUCUGGUUGGGCAACAGCAUGUGCAACUCUCUCUCCCAGCGGCACAAACUACUCCUGGACGGUGCAUAGCUGGCUGGACAUGCAAGAGGCAAUUGUGCUAUCACUGCCCUGCAGCAACAUGGUUUCUCUACUGAAUGAUGCAGCAAGAUGUUGGCCAAUACCUGGAGCUAAGGGAGUCUACUUCAUAGCUUCCUUCUCAUGGUGUUGGGAGAAGUCUUUCAGUUUCUGCUUUAGGACGCCUUGGCUUGGUCUCAGUUAUCUUUGUCUGCAUCUGUAUCAUGCUGUAUGGCACACUCUGAGUAAAACCCAAUGGUCCUAGUGAGUUCUGUUUUUAAGACACUGUGAUAGUAAGCCAAGUCCUCAGUGAUGGCUUUGGGCCAUCUAACAACAGCCUUGAACUUUCUAGAAAGGAUUGAGAAAUACUUUGAAGUUCAGGUCCUUUAGUCAGCAGAGUCCUUUCCAGGGUUACCUUCUCAGGGCUGAGCUCUGCUUUUUCUGAGGCAAUGGAUGUCUAACACAGACACCCCAUACCUGUUUAAGCAUGUAAGCAAGACCUGGCAGCCUUGCACACAUGACAGUGAGUCAUCCUUCCAGCAGGAGAGAGUGAGUCAGAAAGGGCAGUUGACAAGCUUUAUUUAUCGGUCUCCUGUUAUUUGGCCCGGGAGAAUUUCACUCUGAAAAACCCACCCUUGUUAAUGACAGGCAGAGCUCAGAAGUGUAUCAUGAGACUACUGGCUUUUAUUCCCAUAGGCUUUGCAUGCAGUGUCAUUAUCAGGAAGUCACGGCAGAUUGGCCAUUUCCAUGCAUUUCUUUUUUCACAGGGACUCUGAGCAUGCCAGCUGCAUCAGAACAACCUGCCCAACCUAGGGUUGCCAUAAGCAAUACAAAUUCAAAUGCCUCCGAGUGAUGAAAAGAGCCAGGGGUUCUGUGCAGCAGCAUUUACUGAGUUCCCAUUUACUUUCUUCUCUUAGGGCUGACUUGCUCAGAACUUUAAUCAAAUGCUGCUAGCAUACCCUUGUGUCUUGAUAAUGUCUUGGAUUAUGGUUGUGCCACUCACAGGCUCCAUAUAGGGUGUGUCAGGCUUUCGAGUGUACGUGUCUAUUUUCAGAAGUUAUUUUGCUCUGUUGUAGAAAUUCACACCAAGAAGAAAGUUGGCAGGAAACUUUGCAGCUCAGAGAUGGAAAAAGAAACAGAGGAAAAAAAAAAAGAAACGUCUGCCUGAUGAUUAAUGAAGGAAAACCUGCCCGGAGAGGUUUCAGGCUUUGCGCUUGGGAGAGAGGUGGCAUUGCAGCAGGGAGAUCCACCGAGACGUGGAAUGACCACUGUGUGUAGUUGUGGUAUGGAAAGAAGCAGUAUAGACUUCAUCCAUUCUAUCUGUAUUCUGGAGGGGUUCAGGGCAGUAACCCAUGAAGGCAGCACUCACAGCAGCAGUGCUGCAGGGCUUAGCAAUCUGAGCCCACAUGGCAGGGCCUGGGGCUCUUGCAAGUUCUUUGUGGUCCUGUUGGUUCAUCUUGUUCUGUUAGAGGCUGGUGUCUGAUAUACAGGGAAAAGCAGUCUGAGCCUUCUCGUUUUCCUCUGCAAGAAAGAUAGGUCAAAAGCAGCACUUUAUCAGCUAAUAACAGGUUUUGUCCAUUUUUAUGUGGAUUCAGACAUGUAUUCGUGCACUUACAUUUGCUGCAUAGGAGAAUAACACUUCCGUAUGCCUUUGGUAAUAUGGCUUUUUGUUGCUUCCAGCCAAGUAGGGACCUAACAGAUGCUGCAGUGGUGAAAGGCACCAUCUUGUUUCAUAAUCCUGCCAGUGUCCCUCCUCUGCCUGGGGUCCACCAUUUUACUCCAUCUCCUUUGCCCUCUCAGUUAAACAAAAGAUUCAGGAAUCCUUGACAGAGCUCUGAAGAUGCUUCUCAUCGCUCCUGUUUGUUCUGCUGCUCAUCUCCCUCUCAAAGCCAAGCUGCAUCUACCAACCAGACACCCCAGGAGAAAUAGCAGCUCCUUUGUACAGAUUGCUGACACCAUCACCUUGGCUGCUCCUCACCAGGGGAUGGGCGUGAUGCUUGUGAUGCCUUUUUACCUCCAGUUAUGCUGGGGGAAAGAGCGCGGCGGUGAGACUGGAGACCAGGCAAUGAUUUGCACUACGAGAGGAAGCUGUCAGUCUGGAUUUUCUUAAGCAAAGCUUCCAAAUGGUGGUGGCAUGUGUUCCUGCACUGGAUGGGACUAAAACCUUCACCUUGCAAGCAAACCACACUGGAAUUAUCAUGCACCGGUUAUGGUUCUUGUGGCUCAGGCUAUAUCAGAAUGUUUGUGGU